AUGGGCUCGGUGUAUGAUCAAUAUUACACAGGGGGCUGUGUAAAAACUGAGGAGGAAGACGCGGGCUCGUUUCGCGGCAGUGGGGUUUGUAAAUGGUUUAACGUGCGGAUGGGCUUCGGGUUUCUGUCCAUGACCCAUCAGGAGGGAAUCCGUCUGGAAUCACCCGUGGAUGUGUUCGUACAUCAGAGCAAGCUUCAUAUGGAGGGCUUUCGCAGUCUGAAGGAAGGGGAAGCGGUGGAGUUUGCAUUUAAAAGGUCUUCUAAUGGUCUCGAAUCCUUACGGGUAACGGGGCCAGGCGGGGCACAAUGUGUAGGCGGUGAGAAAAAUCCCAAAGGUGCCCAGAAGCGUCGUUCAAAAGGAGACCGAUGCUUCAACUGUGGAGGGCCGAACCAUCACGCCAAAGAAUGUCAACUGCCGCCUCAGCCAAAAAAGUGCCAUUUUUGCCAGAGCAUCUCCCACAUGGUGGCCAACUGCCCAAUCAAAGCACAGCAGUUAUCACCGGGAUCUCAGGGAAAGUCCACAACUUCAACAACAGGAGAAGAUGAGGACAUGUGCCACACCCCCUUACCCCUCGAGAGCUCUGAUUAG